AUGGCGAAUGUAAUUGUCGUUGCAGGAGCUGGCGUGAGUGGCCUCACUUCGGCGCUCCUGCUUUCCAGGAACAAGGCCAAUAAGAUUACUGUCGUUGCGAAACAUAUGCCUGGCGACUAUGAUAUUGAAUAUGCCUCGCCUUGGGCUGGGGCCAAUGUGUUGCCAAUGGCCGACGAAGAGAAUAGCAGAUGGGAGCGCCGUACAUGGCCCGAGUUGAAGCGUUUGACGGAAGAAGUGCCUGAAGCAGGAAUCCACUUUCAGAAAGCCCGUGUUUAUAGAAGAGUGAAGGAUGAGGAAGCUAAUUAUUCUGAUACUCUAUUCCACUCGAAUCCCUGGUACAAGUCUGUGCUCCCAGAUUAUCGCGAGCUGAGCCAAGAAGAAGUCAUCCCAGGCCAUGAUUCGGGAUGCGAAUUCACAAGUGUGUGCAUCAACACGGUCAUCUAUCUACCCUGGCUCCUCAGCCAGUGUGUCAAAAACGGCGUCGUCUUCAAAAGAGCCGUCUUGUCGAAUAUCCAGGAUGCAAAGCUGUUGAGCCACACAGGCCAGCCAGCAGACAUCAUCAUCAACGCCACAGCCCUAGGCUCUCUCAAACUCGGAGGCGUCAAAGACAUGGCUAUGAUUCCCGCCCGUGGACAAGUAGUCGUCGUACGAAACGAGUGUUCUCCCAUGGUAGCGACGUCGGGCACUGACGACGGCGAGACGGAGAUGGCGUACAUUAUGCAGCGAGCUCUUGGCGGAGGGACCAUCUUGGGGGGCACAUACGACAUGGGCAACUGGGAAUCGGUGCCGGAUCCGAAUAUCGCGGUUCGGAUUAUGCAGAGGGCGGUGCGAGUUGCGCCGGAGUUGGCGGGGGGAAAGGGCAUUGAGGGAUUGAGCGUGAUUAGACAUGGUGUUGGGCUGAGGCCGAAUAGGAAGGGCGGGGUGAGGAUUGAAGACGAGGUUUUGGAGGAUGGGACGAGUGUUGUGCAUAACUAUGGGCAUGCGGGUUGGGGAUAUCAGGGAUCGUAUGGAUGUGCUGAGAGGGUUGUGGAGUUGGUGGAUGAGAUUCAGAGGAGGAAUUGA